AUGGCGAACAGAGCGCUAGAGCCCUUAUCGGACGUUGAAUUGACCAAGCUGGCCACUUUGGCAAUUGAGGCAAAGACCAAAGCAUACUGCCCGUACUCCAACUUCCGCGUGGGCGCCUCGGUCCUCCUCUCAGACGGGACAUUCCACACGGGCGCCAACGUCGAAGUCGCUUCGACACCCGUGGGCAUCUGCGCGGAGCGGUGUGCCAUCGCGCCCAUCGUGGCCUCGAUGCCGCGCCCCGGUAUGCCCGUCAUCCGCGCCAUCGGCGUGGCCACGGAUAUCUUCCCGCCGGCCUCGCCCUGUGGGAUGUGUCGACAGUUUAUCAACGAGUUUGCCACGUCGAGAGAGUUGCCAAUCUACAUGUACGGCAAGGACGGGCUUAAGGGGGAGGUCUUUCGGAUGACGAUUGGGGAGUUGUUGCCGAUGAGUUUUGGGCCGAAUGAUCUAGAGAGGAACCCCGGGAAAGGGGACGGGGUGGGAUUAGGGAAGAUGAAGGAAGGGUAG